AUGGCAUCACAGCAAAAAUAUAGACGUGAAAAAGACUCUUUUGGAGAUAUAGAAGUACCUGCUGAUCGUUACUGGGGUGCUCAAACUCAAAGGUCUCUUCAAAACUUUGAUAUUGGUGGUCCCACAGAACGUAUGCCCGAGCCCUUAAUCAAAGCAUUUGGUGUAUUAAAACGUGCAGCUGCUACUGUAAAUAUCACAUAUGGUCUUGAUCCAAAGAUAGGAAAUACGAUAAUUGAGGCUGCUAAUGAGGUUAUUGAAGGAAAACUUUUAGAUCAUUUUCCAUUGGUAGUCUGGCAAACUGGUUCUGGCACGCAGACUAACAUGAAUGUCAAUGAAGUAAUCUCCAAUCGUGCAAUUGAAAUAUUAGGUGGUGAACUUGGUAGUAAAGAUCCUGUUCAUCCUAAUGAUCAUGUGAAUAUGAGCCAAUCUUCGAAUGAUAGUUUUCCAACAGCUAUGCAUAUUUCCGCAGCGACUGAGAUUAACAAAAGUCUUGUUCCUGCUUUGUCGGCACUCCGAGAUGCACUCGAUGCAAAAUCUAAGGAUUUCAAAAAUAUAAUCAAAAUUGGUCGAACUCAUUUACAAGAUGCUACGCCUCUUACUCUAGGAAAUGAAUUUUCGGGUUAUGUCCAACAACUAACUUUUGGCAUAGACCGAAUAAAUGGUGCUCUCCCGAGAUUAUAUAAUUUGGCUCAAGGUGGUACUGCUGUUGGAACAGGUUUAAACACCCGCAAGGGCUUCGAUGUUAAUGUUGCUUCGGAAAUCGCGAAUAUAACUGGUUUACCAUUCAAAACUGCCCCCAACAAGUUUGAAGCUUUGGCUGCCCAUGAUGCUAUUGUCGAGGCGAGUGGAGUAUUGAAUACCAUCGCGGUCUCAUUAAUGAAGAUUGCAAAUGAUAUCAGACUACUAGGAUCUGGUCCAAGAUGCGGAAUUGGUGAAAUUUUACUUCCUGAAAAUGAACCCGGAUCGUCUAUUAUGCCUGGAAAAGUGAAUCCUACUCAAUGUGAGGCGAUGACUAUGGUUGCUGCUCAAGUUAUGGGUAAUCAUACAGCUAUUACUAUUGCGGGCUCAAAUGGGCAUUUUGAACUGAAUGUCUUCAAACCUGUCUUGAUCAGGAAUCUUCUCCAUUCAAUUCGCCUUUUGAGUGAUGCAAGUGUUUCGCUGAGAAAGAAUUGUGUUGUUGGAAUCAAGGCUAAUGAGGAGAGGAUUGCAACUCUUAUGAAUGAAAGCUUAAUGCUUGUUACCGCUCUAAAUCCUCACAUAGGAUACGAUAAUGCGGCAAAAGUUGCCAAGAAGGCUUACCGUGAAAAUCUCACCCUCAAAGAAGCAGCAUUUCAAUUAGGGCUGCUUACCUCCGAACAGUUUGAUGAAUGGGUCAAGCCACAGGAAAUGCUUGAUCCGAGAUGA